AUGGAUAUUUAUAAAUUAUCUUAAUAUAAAUUUUACAAAAAUCAUUGGGUAACUAUUAGAGUUCUUGCAAGCAUUAAUAAAAUAAAUAUAAAAUAAGAAAAUUUCAUUAUAUUGAAAAUUAGAGGUUUUUAUAAUCUUAAAAAUAUUAUAAUAAAGCCUUUAGAGAUUGGUUAGAUUAUUGGCCUUAUUUUUGAUUAUUAUAUGAAAUAAUAACUGCCAGAUAAUUUAUAAGAUACUGCUAUUGAGCUUAGAACUUAUUUAUAAUAUUCAUUUUGUAAUAAAGAGAUGGGACAGGAAAUGAAUUAUAAUUCUUCCUCUUUCAAUUUUCUUGAUUUAGGCAUUGACAAUGAAAAGGAUUGCGAAGGAAUAGUGAGAUUAGCAUUUUAUGGGAAUUUAAAUAUAAAUUCUAUGUAAGCAUAUUGAUUUUGCAAGAAAAGUGUAGAUGACAUAUAUGCUUGAACAAACAGGGACCCAUGGAGUUUGGGGAUUGGGUCAUUAUUAAUUGCUUCCUUUUGCAUUUGGAGCUACAAAAUUGAUAUGA